GUUCCACUAAGCGCUCACAACGAUCACGCUCACGACCACAGUUUUUCCCGUUUCACCUACCUGCGAGCGUUACUGUCGUAAACUCAAGUAGAAUGGACUAUGGUGCGUUUUGAGCGUGGAGACUUUCAAGAAAUACAUUUAAUUAUCUACAUGAAUUAAUACGAGAAGAUUUAGUUCGGCACGUUCCUGAAUGCCCUACGAUUUUUUCCCAUCAUCAAUUGAUGAUAGCUCUUUGGAAAAUGGCUACAACAGAUUCUUACAGAUCCGUCUGUGACAGAUUUAACGUAGGGCGAGCUACUGCCGUAAGGGCUGUACGUCGAGUUUGUCAUGCUUUAUUUAAAAGAGCCUCAAGAUUCAUACAAUGGCCUACGGGAGAUAGUGCUAUUGAAGUAAUGCGUGGAUUUGAGAGAGCAAGUGGUUUUCCUAAAACAAUAGGAGCAAUUGAUGGGACUCACAUUCGUAUAAAUGCGCCAAAACAAAAUCCAGUAGAUUAUAUCAAUCGGAAAGGAUUCCAUUCUAUUCAGCUACAGCUGGUAUGUGACCACAAGGCUCUGAUAACCCAUUGUCAUGCUGGAAAUCCAGGAUCUGUUCAUGAUCCAAGAGUUUUUCGUUUGUCAGAAGUUGCAGAUUACUUGAACGAUGACAAUGCAUUCCCUGGAGACAGUCAUAUUUUGGGCGAUUCUGCUUAUGAAAUACAUCAGCACUUACUUACUCGUUAUCGAAAUAAUGGACAUUUAAGUGAGAAACAGAAAAAAUAUAAUUAUCGUCAAUCAGCUGCUCGAGUUACUGUUGAAAGAUGCAUCGGAUUAUUGAAAGGACGAAUGAGAAGCUUAUUGAAUUGUCUACCAAUGACAAGAGUAGAUUUAAUGGCAGAGUAUAUUGUUGCAUGUUGCGUAAUUCAUAAUAUCUGUACUUUACGAGAAGAUAAAAUAAUUGUUAUCACUAUACCCGAACGUAAUGACGAAAAUAAUAGUAACAAUUCACGCGAAGUAAGACGUAAUGCAGGAAUUUUAAAAAGAGAUGUUAUAAUGAAUUCUUUGUAAUAAUUAUGAUGAUUAAUUGUAAACUAUGUUUUCGGUCGUGAUAAUAAUUUCUUAGCACUUUAAAUCAUGGGAAUCUAAUGAAAAUUUCUUUGGCAGUUGAAAAUUUUCCCCAAAAAAAAAAAUACUUUCACGGAAUAUGAAAACUUUGAGAUUUCCAAAAAAUUUGUUAAAACUAUAAUAAUCUUAAGCCAAUAACAAAAAUUAAACAUAUUAUUAUAUCAUAUACGAUAACACACACAUGUAAAAUAUUACAAGAA